AUGGCGCGGAAGGUCGGCUUUGGAUCCAAGAAGCCGCGCUCCACCGCAAAGCGGGAAGCGCAGAAGGCCCCAACUGUUCGAAUGCUGCCGAAAGCCAAGAGAGACUACAUCAUCGAUGACCGGCCCUCACAGCGAAGCAAGCGCCUUUUGAAGGCCCGCUCCACUGCUCUGACGAAGGGGAAAUACGAAGCCAUUCCCGGCACACGAGUUCAGCCAGCAGGCGGGAAGCAUGUGCGAGUUGUCAUCCAGGAUGGCAGGACUUUUGACCCCAAAAACGUCCGGGCAGCGAGGCGGCAUUUAAAGCAGCUGGCCUCUGAAGCGGAGGAGCUUGCCCGCAUCCACGGCACUAAGGACAAGGAAUUGCUGGCCAAGUCAGCAGCCACAAUAUCAGCCAAAGCCGCUGACUACAAGGGCAGGUUGGUCGUGAAGGCAAAGCAGAAGCUCAUCAACAAGAAGCGCAAAAGCAAGGGAUUUGCCCUCAGUCCGGUUCAUGUUGCCGAAUUGCCACCUGCAUCGCCCAGCAUUCAGAGCCUUCCGCACUGCAGCAACCUGGCCAAUCCAAGCACAGGAGCCAUUCACCCAGGCGGAAGCGUUUUCGACCUGAUACCGCUACAAGUGUCCCAUGUUGCCCGUCCAGACCUUUCGAGUGCACAGCCGGAGGGUCCAUUGGCCAGGCAAACAUCCGGCCGCUCUGCCUGCGGCGGCUGCGGCUCUCCACAAUUUGUGGCAGCCCAGCCGCGGCCGGUGCCACCGCCACUAACACUCGGGUACGCCAUGGGACCCACGCUAUCUUCAACUUCCCCAACGGCACCUGGAUCUCCAUCCUGGACGACGGUGACGACUCGCCGCAAACAGACGUUGGAACCCAAGCCAGUUGUGGCCAAGCCAGUAGCCGCCGUGGCCGCGCCGCAACUUCAGAGGAUGAACACCACGGGGGAUGCAACGGAUCUCUACUAUGCCCAGAAGGAGGUUUUUGUAAGGGGCUGGACGCACGAUGCCAAGCACACCCGAAGCGUCAAGCAGAAGAAGCGUGUGGAUUAUCAGGUGGAGAAGAGGCGGCAGCAAAGUGAACGCGACAGAGCAGCCAUGGCGGCUGACUACGGCGACUCAGACCACGACUGGAUGUCCGGCUUGGUGCAGGCUGUAGCCAAGUGGCGCCCCCGCGGCCACCAGAAGACACAGUUGGAUCAGUUGGUACUGAUGCAUAGACCGCGGAGUGUGCAAAAGAUGGCUGUCGUGGGGCCGGCACCGGCUCCAGCCGCGGCACCGGCACCGGCACCAGCGCCCCUGACGGCUGCCGAUGUGGCACCGGAGCUCGAGAAGUCGUUGUUGCGGGCAAAGAAGUAUGCAGAUGCCUCAGAAGGCUGGGCAGUCGCUGCCCAGGAAGCUGCCAAGGCUGUGAGCUUUGCAAGUCCAUCCCACAAGAACACCCCCACACCGACGGCAGCCGUGCCGAAUUCCUCAAACACUCCUCCUGGAACUGGGCAAAGCGCACCAGGUGUGUUUGGCGACAGCAGGAACGAGCGCUGGCUUAACGAGGUGAAGUCUGCAGGACGGAUAAAGCGAACGGUCACUUUUCCAGUUGGUGACUGGUUCCUGGGGGUUGGAGAUGGCGGUAUCGGCAGGGACAAGGACAAUCCUGCAGGGGGCGCUCUGAUCAUGAAAGGUUCUUUGUCAGACUUUGAUGAGAAUGACCGACCUCCCCAGUGGGAGACCAUGACCUCCGCCACUCAAGACCAGGAUGAAGCUGCAUUCCUGGGAGAAGGCCGCGUGGGGUGA